GCUAUUUAAACUUCCAGUUCUUGAAUAUAAGUUAAAAAUUUACUAAAACUUACCUUAAUAGCUUUGCAAAAGCUCCUCAGAAAACCUUCCUAACUCUGCUGCUGAUUAUGGGUUGCAGAACCUCCCUCUUUCCCCUUUUUUCCUCCGUCUGCAAGAGGUCUUCAAAUCAGUUUACGGCUUCACCUUCCAUUCCCCUUUCGUGAAGAUAAUACAACAGUAAAUCCAACUGUUUCAGUCUUCCAAAAUUAAAGGAAUUGUCUUUGCUAUACUUACCAAAUUUGAAGAGAAUCUGCCCAGAAAGAGGUGUAAUGGUUUGGGAUUUCUCUCAAUUCCAUUACCAUACUUGCUCAAUAUCUUACCAUCUGUUGGAUUUUUCGUGGAAAAAAGGGUAGAAAAAGGACUUGGAGGAGAGUAGGAAAAGAGUAGAACUUAGAACAUGAAUUUUACAAGGAAAUUGAUAAGCCAAACCACUGCAAAAAGAAGCAAAAAGACCCAAAAGCCAUGUUCCAAGGCAGGAAUGGAGACACAAAGCACAGAGGGCAGAACAGAGAAAACAAUCUCUUUGAACAACGGACAAAGUAUUUUGUUUGCAAAAUGACUAAAAACCCAUCACUAAUAGAUUUAAGUAAGAAAGAAACAUUGGAGGGUAAAUUGGGAAAAGGGGAGUUAGUGUAGCAAGGGUGAGUGGGGGACUUUCCUUUAAUUAUUUUGGUAUUGGGCCUCUGCCCUUUUCACAUGUACCACAAGCCAAUCCUUUUCAAAUCCAUUCCACUUCUUAGAAAAAAAAAAAUUUUCAUCUUAUUGUUUUGAUUAUCACAUAAUGAAUAAAAUUAACUAACCUAA